AUGUCGAUUCCUGGCAUGUCCCGCCCUGGCACAAGUCUGAACAUCGCCCAACAGCUACGCAAGUCUACUCAGUUGGCCUUAGAAGAUUCUGGCCGAGGCCUUGACAAGAAGCAACCCGGGAACAACUACACAACAAAGGUGAAAAUCGGCCACAAGUACAAUAUUAUCGGUUUCAUUAGCAGUGGCACCUACGGUCGAGUCUACAAGGCUGUGGAGAAGAACCCAAAGGGCGAUCCCUCCAGCCCUGUAGGAACAUCUCCACAGAAGGAACUAUAUGCCAUUAAAAAGUUCAAGCCAGAGAAAGAAGGCGACAAUGUACAAUAUACAGGAUUGUCUCAAUCCGCUAUCCGGGAGAUUUCGUUGUGCACUGAGUUGUCUCAUCCAAAUCUAGUUCACCUGGCCGAGAUAAUCUUAGAAGAUAAGUGUGUCUUCAUGGUCUUUGAAUACUGCGAACAUGAUCUUCUCCAAAUCAUCCACCACCACACCCAGCCGACCAGACGCCCUAUUCCCGCCACCAUGAUCAAGUCGAUCCUAUUUCAACUUCUCAACGGCCUUUACUAUCUUCACCAGAACUGGGUGAUCCACCGCGACCUGAAGCCGGCCAACAUCAUGGUCACCAGUUCUGGACAUGUGCGCAUUGGGGACCUGGGACUUGCCCGGCUUUUCCACAAGCCUUUGUCAUCCCUGUACUCCGGUGAUAAAGUUGUGGUUACUAUAUGGUACCGGAGCCCCGACCUUCUUCUGGGUGCACGCCAUUAUACGCCAUCAAUCGACUUGUGGGCUGUGGGCUGCAUCUUUGCCGAACUUCUCAGCCUCAGGCCAAUCUUCAAGGGAGAAGAGACUAAAAUGGACAGCAAAAAGACGGUGCCUUUUCAGAGGAAUCAGAUGGGUAAGAUUGUGGAAAUCUUGGGUAUGCCACGACGGGAAAACUGGAAGGGAUUGGUGGACAUGCCGGAAUAUCCACAAUUGCAGUCAUUGAUUGUUUCCCGUGGUGGUAUGCCGGGGGGCUUAUAUCCGACCCCUCCUACAUCUCUGAAUCGCGGAUCUGGUAGUAACAAUGGGAGUGGUCUGGAAGCGUGGUAUAACAACUGCAUCCGGCAUGCCAGCUACCCGCCAGAAAAGUCUCCAGGUCAACGUGGGUUCCAGCUUUUGUCUGAACUGUUCGAAUACGAUCCGGAUCUCCGAUUGACGGCAGAGCAAGCUCUCCAUCACGAAUACUUUAGAAACACCGACGACGGACCGAACAAAGGCAAAAUCUGGGUCAGUAACAACUGCUUCGAGGGGCUAAACGAGGUAUAUCCGCACAGAAGGGUAAGCACGGAAACGAAUGACAUUGGGACUGGGAGUUUGCCGGGCACAAAAAGAGGGGGUUUGCCGGACGACACUCUUCUCCCGGCGUCAAAGAGGAGAUAG